AUGCUGUUAAAUUUCCACGCUAGGAUUGAUAUAGUUGACACUGAAUCAGAUAAUCCGAUGCAUAUUGCAGUAUCAAUGGGACAUGCUGACAUCGUGAAGCAAUUAUUACGAGCGAACAAAGACAGAUUGGAACUGGACUGUUUUUCUCGUGAUACUAGUGGACCAAACGAGAAUGUAGAUAUACGUCAGAUGACUAAUGCUCAAAAUAAAAAACCAGUCGAUAUCGCCUUGCGCCAACGCUGCCCUGAAAUCUUAAGGGUUAUUGGGUCAGAUUUCACGGAAAAGCAUGAAGUAUCACGAUAUUCAUAUCAUCGUCUGCAUCCUGCUCGAUUGGUAUUGGAAGAUAUUGAAAAUCUUCGAGGAAAUUCAAUGAAUGGAGCAAACAAUGACAUGAUCACAAGCCUCUCAAGCUCUAACGGUAGCGAUGAUACAACUUCGUCUGAGGAGGACCUAUCAGCAAUGAUAUGCAAUCAGAGAUACUCAGAUAGUAAGAAUUUGAAAUACAAAUAUAUUCAUAAUAACUUAAACGAGACAGCACCUCCCUCAAACACUGCCGAUUCAGCACCGGAUGAAGAUUUCGAAAAGGAUAAGGUAUUGUUUAAUUUAUAA